AUGGUGCUUGAGGGCAGUGGGCCACCAGCAGCAGAUGGACAUACGGGGACGAUGACCAGAGGGCUCUCCCACAGGACGCGAAAGGAGUACGCACGAAAAACAGCGCGUCAAAGCUGGGAGUCGCUGGCAGUGAAUCGAAUGUCGCUAAUUUUGAGACCGCUGGCGUUCUUCAGCUGGGAAUCGCAGGCAAUCAACCGAAUGGCGAUCAGUCUGAGACCGCUGGCGUUUGGUGAAGUCGAUCGCGAAUCCUGCAAACUAAAGGCUUGUCUUGUUUCAGAUGAUCAUCCGGAUGCGCCAACGCUAUUUGCGAAAAUUAUGUAUGGUGUUUUUAUGCUGACUACAAAGAAAUUCGCCACUGUUAUGUGUUUACGGCAACGAAAUUAUUAUGGAUGGGGAGUGGAUUAUUCGCAUUGCCGAUAUGUGAGCCAUCAGCGUGAAGUAAAGAAAAUUGGAAUUUUGUGA